CCUCCAAUCACAGUGCUGUCCACCUAUGGCUCUACCCCUCCUCCUUUAGCCCCGCCCCCAUGCUGAGGCUAUCAGCUGUUGCCAUGGAGAUGAUGUGCGAGUCAGUUGUGGGCGGAGCUUGCGGUGGUCUUCUGCGGCCCCUGAAGGACUGGACGGCCCCGCCCAGUCUCAGCAGCGACCACUGCUACGUGCGGACGUCUUCGUCCAGCCUGACGUUUCCCGCCCGGCGACAGCAGAAGCAGCGGGCCAAUCACAGCACCCGGAGCAUCCUCUUACCCCAGCGAUGGCCCCUCUCCCUCCCCCCGUGUCCAGCCAAUGGGCUGUCUGCUCCGCUCCCCGCUGGCCAAUCAGCAGCGGGUUCUGAGUUCCUCAGCACAAACGGAGAGCGAGGUAAACGAGUCUCUCAGAUACGAAUCCGCCGCGCAUCGCCACGGGAAACGCCGCUCACACCGAUGGGACUGCCAAAGGUCAAAAGGUUAAAGAAGAAAGAGUUCAGUCUGGAGGAGAUUUACACUAACAAGAACUACAAAUCCCCCACCACCAACAGGAGCCUGGAGACGAUCUUUGAGGAGCCGAGGGAGAAGGAUGGAGCGCUGCUCCUGAUUGGCCAGCAGAGGAGGCGCAGGCUCCUCCUCUUCCCUGACUUCACUCAGCCCAGGAAGAGGAAGAGGCUGCAAGGGGCCGGACUUCCUGUCCCCAUGGCGCCCAGGAAACGGGCGGUGGCUCGGCGACACUGUCACGGCGGCAGCCGCGGCGAAGACGACUCGGACCUGGACGUGAUGCUGGUGGAACGACUGAGCGCGCUCGAAGACUUCCUGACACGGCAGGGCCUCGACGUGUGAGAACUGACAUCACUUCCUGUCAGCUGAAUAAAGGCCAAAUAAACAGAGCUGCUAGCGUGCCCGCUACGUUACCGUGGUAACGCCACGGGGGUAUUUUUUUGCAGUGUACUUAAUGUUUUUUGUUUGAUUUUUUACAGUGUAGGCUGCAUAAUGUGAAUUUACCGAAAUAUUUAAUAGUUUUUUUACAGUGUGGAUGAUGUAGAACAGGUGGAGCUGAGGCCACGCCCACAGCAGGGCACAGGUGGAGCUGAGGCCACGCCCACAGCAGGGCACAGGUGGAGCUGAGGCCAUGCCCACAGCAGGGCACAGGUGGAGCUGAGGCCACGCCCACAGCAGGGCACAGGUGGCUGGUUUUAUUUUUGUUAUUAAAAUAUCAAAAGACUUCACUGUAGUACUGCCUGAGUACUGUGUAGUAUUCUGUGAAGUAUUUAGAGUUUUUAAAGUGUAAUAUAUAUUUCUGCUGAAAAUGUCUAUUUUUGGAACAAAUAAAGUUUGUUUCUGCUCAAA